CUAAGAGUAACUUCACUGUUUGCUGGAGAAUUCCGACUAGCCUACCUGGUGGGCACAUGCACACAUAACGAGCAUCGUUUUUUUUUUAAAGCAUUGCAGAUUUCGCAAGUUAUUCAGAUGAAUACGGAAGUAAACUGCAAGGAAUAAAACAUCGGAUUCACAUUUGUCUGCAUUCAGUCACUCCGUCGUCAGUGCGCGAAGGCUUAGGAGUGCUUUGGAUCUACAAGAAUUCCAAGGUGUCGCCGUGCAGCGACGAAAGCUACAAAGACGCAUAACCUAGGCUACUCUUGAGCUCGUCGGUACUUUGAUACAACUUGGUCACUCAUCGGGUACGACAAUGGCAGGGUCAUCUAUUGAGGCUGUGAAAAGGAAAAUCCAGACUCUACAGCAACAAGCCGACGAUGCCGAAGACCGUGCCGAAAGUCUUCAAAGAGAGGUGGAUGCCGAGAGGCAGGCCAGAGAAAGGGCUGAGGCUGAAGUCGCUUCCCUUAACAGACGUAUCCAGCUGGUAGAGGAGGAGUUGGACCGUGCCCAGGAGAGACUGGCCACAGCACUGCAGAAGCUGGAGGAGGCAGAGAAGGCUGCUGAUGAGAGCGAGAGAGGCAUGAAGGUCAUUGAGAACAGAGCGACAAAGGACGAGGAGAAGAUGGAGCUUCAGGAGAUGCAGCUGAAGGAAGCCAAACACAUCGCUGAGGAAGCUGACCGCAAAUAUGAGGAGGUGGCCCGUAAACUGGUGAUCCUUGAGGGUGACCUGGAGCGCUCUGAGGAGAGGGCUGAGGUGGCUGAGGCUCGUGGCCGAACACUGGAGGAGGAGCUUAGACUCAUGGACCAGAACAUGAAGUCCAUGAUGUGCGGAGAGGAAGAGUACUCACAAAAGGAAGACAAAUAUGAAGAAGAAAUCAAAAUUCUUACUGAAAAACUUAAAGAGGCUGAGACCCGUGCUGAGUUUGCUGAGAGGUCUGUGGCCAAGUUGGAGAAGACCAUUGAUGACUUGGAAGAUCGCUUCCAUUCGACGGUGGAGAAAAAUCGCAUUCUCAAUAACGAACUCAGGGUCGUUCUUAAUGAACUAAACAGCUGAAUCUGACCAGUACCAGGCCAAACUACACCAACUGUAGAUGAGCUGGGGUAUCAAUUCAGUUUGACUGAACGUUAGAUUUAAAAACACUGUCAAAGAAGACAAAAUGUCUCCGCUCUACAUUUGAUUUAUUACGCAUUACUCAACAUUCAGUGUAAACUACCAAAGUAGUAAACAAUUUCAACAGUCCUUUAAUAUGACAUAGAGUAUGACUGCAAACAUUUUCCCUCAUAUUUAUUAAUAAUGAUUUUUACUCACUGCUUUUUUGAAUAUUACUGAGGGUUGUGCAUCUUGAAUUAUCCCAGCUUGCUACAUUCCUCGAGUAAUUUUUCAUCUGUGUCCACCUCGCAUCACAAGAAAAGCUCUGUCUGUACAUUUCUAUUCUUCCUGUCGUCCUGCUAGUGUUAGUACCACAGAUACCUGCUGUCUUAGCCUCAAAAUACCGGCCAGUUCCAGACUGUAGGUCAAAUAGUAUAUUAGUGAUGCUAUAGUGUAAUGCACAUGUUUUAGUGAUGUUAUCGUACUAUGGUGCACACAUAUUAUACUGGAAAAAUAGCUUUUAACAGCAGCUGAAGCCAUCCACUGGCUCUUAAGGAUCUCUGAAGGAUUGCAUGGAUGCAGUACACUGCAUCUGAAUACACUUGAAGCUGUUCAAAUACUGGGCAUAGUAACAAUGUGCUUAAACACAAUUACAUUGUCAGUUUGAGUUUGCACAGUAAUUUAUUGAACCAUCUCUGCUACUGGCAAUAGUUGGAAUAUUACUUUUAGAUGCUGUAUAACAACUGAGACAGAUGUUUCUCAAUUUUUGGAGCGUAUAUGGUCUAUUAGAUUUGAUCCAAAGAUCACUUCAAUUUUCAGUUCUGAAAGCAGAUUUGUCUUAUCUUAAUGUUGCAAAAACAUGUAAGCUGUAUAUUGUUACACUAAGUUUUUUUUACUUUUACGUUAUCCUGAAAAAAGCAUUCCAUUUAAAUGAAUCAAUGUCCUUAAUUUAAUUUAUUUUGCUGAAUCAAUUUAGUCACUGUACCAACUUUCUAUUCAAUGUUCCUCAAAAUGUUAUCUAUGUUGUAUGAUACAUUAUGCAGACGGUCAUGAUUCAGCAUGUUUGUUGGUACUUCCGUGUGGAUUAGUUUGAUUUCAGGACCAGCAUGCCUCCACUCUUUUCUGAAAGACUAUGUUUUCAGCUGUUGUACCACUGUGUAUGCACUAUUGCACAACCUCUUGUUGAUGUUAGCAUGUAGUGCAAUACUUUUUUAUAUAAAGGGCGCUGUUUUUUUUUCUCAGGGAAAAAAAAGAGUUCACUUUUUGGAUAAUUACAAACUUGACUUGAUGUUUGUUCAUUUUCAAAUGUCAAAAAAUCAACGAUGUCACAGAUACUUGUAAUCUAUAUUAAUGUUGGUUUCAAGGCACUUCAAGAGAACACAUGCACUUUGGUGUAAAAUGUCUGAUAGAAUAAUUAUAUUUGUUAACACCUAAGAUGGCUAUUUGUUACACACACAUACACACACACACACACACACACACACACACACACAUACACACACACACACACACACACACACACACACACACACACACACA